AUAACAUUCGAAUCUGCGUGCCAAAUGUGUGUAGAGGUAAACGCAACUGUCAAAGUCAAAGCAGUUCAGGCACCUUAUGCGACCGAAAUUUCGAGCAGACAUUUCACUUCUUUUUUUCUAUCGAUAUGUUUCAUGACAACACUUCACACACAAGAGUAGAUGGCAUGAAUGUAGUGUUUGAAGACCAUUCGUCAGAAAUAGAAACAAAGAUUUACAAACACACACAGAGAGAGAGAGAGAGUUUUUUGUAUUGUUUCAAUGCGUAAACGUGAGCCAGUUUAAUAAUGUAAAAAUUCAAUUGUACAAUAUCGCAACAAAUUUUAUUUUGUAGCAAACACAAAUCACCAACCAUUUGAUUUUUUGUUUGUUUAAUUUUCGACCAUUUCAAAAGGCUGAUUUAAUGGUAGCCAAAGAGAAAAGUGACGAUAAAUAAAUCGAAGUGCUUCACUAUCAAUCGGGAACAGUACGAAAGCUGUCAGAUUUUGUGAUAUCGAACGCACUGCAAUAUGGAUGAGAAUGAGUCAACCUUCGGUUUGAGUGAAGAGCAGCAUACCAAUGUCAUUAUUCACAUCGAUAUCGAUUGCUUCUAUGCACAGGUCGAAGAGAUACGGGAUCCAACACUGCGAAAUCGACCACUGGGCAUUCAACAAAAGAACAUCGUGGUCACCUGCAACUAUGUGGCUCGUACGUAUGGCGUUAAGAAAUUGAUGCUGCUGACGGAUGCUCUGCGACUGUGUCCUGAUCUGAUUCUGGUCAAGGGGGAAGAUCUGACACCGUACCGUCAAAUGUCAAACAAGAUCCACAGUGUACUGUUAACAUUUACACCGCUCGUCGAAAAACUGGGCAUGGACGAGAAUUUCUUGGACGUCACGAACAUUGUGAAUGCUCGAAUUUCAAGCGAGUGCGAUCGAAACAUUGACGAAAACAUGCUGCCCGAUUGUCAUGUGUUCCCUGAAUAUGAAACGUUAGCAUCUUGUGGCUGUGGUUGUGAAAAGCGGUUGACGAUUGGUGUGCGGUUGGCACGUGAUAUUCGCCAAAAACUGUUCAGUGAAUUGCAGAUAACAUCGUGUGCUGGCAUUGCUCAUAAUAAAAUUUUGGCGAAAAUUGUUGGCGCAAAAAAUAAACCAAACAAACAAACAGUAUUAAUUCCAUCCUGUACCACUGACGUGAUGAUUGGUCUCGAUACGAUUCGAUCGAUCCCGGGAAUCGGCCAAAAAGCCGAACAACUACUUAACGAAUACGGUGUACGAACGGUUAAGGAAUUGCAGGACAUGGAUUUUACGGUACUGCAAAAGAUUUUCGGCUUUGAAACAGCAGUAAAAUACAGGAAUUGGAGCCUCGGCAUCGACAAAUCAGCGGUAAUUGCAUCGGGCAAAUCAAAAACUCUUAGCAUUGAAGACUCGUGUCGAUCGAUCUCGAUUCGAGCCGAUGUUGAGGAUAAAUUCCGUUUGCUGCUCAUCCGAUUGGUGAAUCAGGUUGCUGAAGAUGGUCGCAUUCCACUUGUUGUUAAGAUUACGGUUCGUAAAUACGAUGCGAUAAAAAAAACGUCGCAUCGUGAAACGAAACAAGCGAAUAUUCUGCCUUCACUGUUCAAAGACACGGGCAACGGUAGAAUUGUGCUCGUCGAAAAUGGACAGGAGAAACUACUGAAAAUUGUGAUGAGACUUUUUGAAAGAGUCGUUAAUUUGAAAUUACCGUUUAAUAUCACGUUGCUUGGAUUGUCAUUUUCGAAAUUCCAAGAGCGCACCCAUGUGUCCAGAUCCAUCGCGAAUUUUCUCAUUCGCACCGCCGAUUUGGAAGUGCAAUCGAUCACAAGCCUAAGCAGCGAUGGUCUACAAUCGAUAAAAAAUUAUCAACUUCGCAGUUCGCCCACCCAAAUGGAUUUCGAUACAAUAUCAGAGGCGUCGCAUGCUUCCUAUUCGUCGGACAUAUCGGAAUCGGAAAUUGAACCAUCGCCGAAAAAGAAUAAAUUCAGUUUGUCGUUGGCCAAGCGUCGAUGUUUUGCCACCAAUUCAACGGCCGAAACGGCAUCACCGUCGAAAUUGCGUGUUGCCGACCUACGACUAAACUCAUCCGAUUCAGAUGUCAAUAUGCAUUCUCCCCAUGACUUCAAAGCAACGUUUGCCGAACACGUUGUGCCUUGUAUUGUUCCACCAUCGAAUCGUAAUACUACCCACGAAAUGGUCAAUGCUCAAUCGACGCCGAGCAAAAUGACAAUAGGGGCAGCGGCUGCUACAACAACGACGGCGACGGCUACGGCAACAGCAACAGCAACGACUAAUUCAAAUUCAACCAACUUUCCGCCGAUCGUUGAUCCCGAAGUUUUCAAAGAGCUACCUUUUGAAGUGCAAGAGGAGCUGCUGAAUCAGUGGCGUACGUCCCACGAAACCACCACCACUACCACUACCACCGAAUCUCAUGCCAAUGUUGUACUGAAAACACGACCCGGCAGCAAAAAAUCCAAAAGCAACACAUUGCAUCGUUAUUUUAUCACCAACAAUUAGAAACAAAACAAACAAACAAAAAACAAAUGUGGUUCAUUGCUCAAGCUGUGUUAAAUUUAGAAGAAACACAAAUUGACUCUCCUCUAAAGAGAAGAGCUCUGAUGUUAGUUGGCGGGUGUUUUCUAUGUUAUAGUUUAUUUAUGCAACGAUAGAUUUUUGUUCAGUCUUAUCCUAAUGGUGUCUAAUUGGGCUGUUGUACAUUGACAUAAUAUUUAAUGAAAUGGUAAGGAAACAAAAAAUGAAAACAAUGAAAAGAAUGAAACAAAAACAAAAACAAAUAUUAAUUAUUAUUAUUAUUAUUAUUUCGAGAUAAGAAAAAAAAAUUGUUUUUGUUCGAGUUAGAUGCGUUUGAGCAUAAUCAAAAAACAUUGAGAUAGAUCACGAAACAACUGAGUGAGGAAAGAAGAAACACAUACAAACAUAAAAAUCGCAUGUUGAAGAUUGGUCAGGGUAGAGAGAGUUUUAUAAUAUGCUCAAGCGGAAUCAGGACAACAACAAAGAUUAGUAUUAAACUGAAAUUCGAUAGGAGAGAUUCAUUGUACAGGAACUAAUGUAAAUCGAAAUCACGAUAACAACAACAAAAAAUGAAGAAAAUACGCAAAAAGAAUCUAAAUAUAAAACUGCACAACGGCAGAACUUCUAAUUUAAUUACUUCGAAUGAUAAGGCUAUCACAAGUUUUCUACAAGAGAAAAAAAAAAACACAACAAAAACACGAAUAGAUUAAAUUCACAAAAAAAUCGUCCGCGAAACAAUUAUAGAGUACUUUUUUCAAGCCAAUUAUUAUUAACUGAGGAACAAACGAAGUAAAAAAAAACACAAAAUGAAUUCAAAUACAUGAAAUAUAUUUUUUCAUUUUUUUUUCUUUUUUAAUUUUACAAUUUUUACAAUGAAAAAUGGAAUCAUUUUUAGUAUUAUUAAAUAAAUAUAUUUUGUGCCUUACAAAGUACAGCAAA